UAUCUUGAAAGCAGAAUAAUAAAGUGAAUUUGUUCCUGUCUUUACUAGAUCAAAUUUGCUUAUCUAUUUCAGGUGCAUAGCUUGCUUUAAAUUUCUUCUUUAGUUCUCCUGCAUUUAAAUACUAUCUAAUUUUGUCGUAAUUUUCAUUUUUUAUGCUAAGCUGUCACCAUCUCACAUGAACUAACUCAUGUUUAAGAAAAUCAUAAAACUUUCCCCUUUUCUCCUUCUGUUUGUUUGGCAUUUUUUCCACCUAAUCUCAAGCUAUAUCUCUUUGCUGGAACUGAAGCGUGAAGUGCUCUUUUCUGUUAGUAUUGUCCCAGUGCAAUGGCUUCUAAUGCUACAGUUGGACAGAAAUGUCCAUCGCCAAUGAAGGCUACAUCAAAUGGCCUCUUCCAGGGUGAUAACCCCCUUGAUUAUGCACUUCCUCUUGCCAUUGUGCAGAUAUGUCUGGUAGUUGUACUAACAAGGGGCCUUGCUUUUCUUUUAAGGCCAAUAAGGCAGCCACGUGUGAUUGCAGAGAUCAUUGGAGGAAUUUUACUUGGGCCAUCUGUUCUGGGUAGAAGCAAGAGCUACUUGCAAGCUAUAUUUCCACCCAAGAGUCUCACUGUACUGGAUACUCUGGCAAACAUUGGUCUCAUUUUCUUUUUAUUCCUUGCUGGUCUAGAGAUAGAUCUUAAAGCCCUCCGUCGAACUGGAAAAACAGCCCUUGGAAUUGCUGUUGCUGGAAUAGGGCUUCCUUUUGCAUUAGGAAUUGGCUCUUCAUUUUUGCUCAAAGCAACUAUAUCAAAAGGUGUCAAUGCUUCUGCAUUUCUCGUGUUCAUGGGUGUUGCUCUUUCUAUUACUGCCUUUCCUGUCUUAGCUCGCAUUCUGGCAGAGCUGAAGCUUUUAACGACAGAUGUUGGAAGAAUUGCUAUGUCAGCUGCAGCUGUUAAUGAUGUAGCUGCAUGGAUUCUACUUGCUCUUGCUGUUGCCCUUUCUGGAUCUAACAGUUCUCCCGCUGCAUCACUGUGGGUCUUCUUGUCUGGGUGUGUUUUUGUCAUUUGUUUGAGUUUCAUUGUACCCCCAAUAUUCAAAUGGAUGGCUUAUCGAUGCCAUGAAGGUGAGCCAGUAGAAGAGAUAUACAUAUGUGCUACAUUAGCUGCUGUUCUGGCCGCCGGGUUUGUAACUGAUGCUAUUGGAAUUCAUGCCAUGUUUGGUGCUUUUGUGGUUGGAGUUGUUUUCCCAAAGGAAGGGCCAUUUGCCGGUGCUCUUGUGGAAAAAGUUGAGGAUCUUGUAUCUGGUUUGUUCUUGCCAUUAUACUUUGUUUCAAGUGGACUGAAGACAAACAUUGCAACAAUUCAAGGGCUUCAAUCCUGGGGUCUUCUGGCUUUGGUGAUUUUUACAGCAUGUUUUGGGAAGAUUGUUGGGACUGUUGUGGUGUCCCUUUCCUGCAAAGUUCCUGCUCGUGAGGCUUUUGCGCUUGGGUUCCUUAUGAAUACUAAAGGGCUGGUUGAACUCAUUGUUCUGAAUAUUGGGAGGGAUAGAAAGGUUCUGAAUGAUCAGACAUUUGCCAUUAUGGUUCUAAUGGCUCUCUUCACUACAUUCAUUACCACACCAGUUGUUAUGGCUGUAUAUAAGCCUGCAAGAAGCAGAAAAGUGGACUACAAGCAUAGGACCAUCGAAAGAAAAAAUCCAGAUACUCAACUUAGAAUAUUGACCUGUUUCCACAGCUCAAGAAAUAUCCCAUCGAUGAUAAAUCUCCUUGAGGCUUCACGAGGCGUAGGGAAGCGUGAAGGAUUUUCUGUGUAUGCUCUGCACCUUAUGGAACUAUCUGAGAGGUCAUCAGCUAUAUUAAUGGUACACAAGGCAAGGAAAAAUGGGCUUCCCUUCUGGAAUAAGGGUCGGCAUUCAGAUUCUGACCAUAUUGUUGUGGCAUUUGAAGCUUUCCAGCAACUGAGUCAAGUAACUGUCCGGUCAAUGACUUCAAUCUCUUCAAUGGCUGACAUGCAUGAGGACAUCUGUACCACUGCUGAGAGAAAGAGAGCUGCGAUCAUAAUUCUUCCAUUCCAUAAGCACCAGAGAAUGGAUGGUUCGUUUGAGACUACGCGGACAGACUUCCGCUGGGUGAAUCAGAGGGUUCUUGAACAUGCGCCUUGUUCCAUUGGAAUUCUAGUUGAUCGUGGGCUUGGUGGAACCACCCAUGUAUCUGCAAGCAAUGUUUCCCUUUCGAUGACAGUUCUUUUCUUUGGGGGCUGUGAUGAUCGUGAAGCCCUUGCUUAUGGGGCUCGAAUGGCUGAGCACCCAGGUAUCAGUUUAAAUGUUAUUCGCUUUGUAGUGGAACCUGAAACUAUUGGAGAAAUUGCUAGGAUUGAUAUGCAAGAGAAUUCCGGCCUCAAAUCAAUGUCAUUGGAUGAAGAAUUUCUUUCCAAGUUUAAGCAGAAAAUAUCAAAUGAUGACUCUGUCAGAUAUGAGGAAAAGGCUGUCCGAAAUGCCACAGAAACCUUUGCUGCAAUUCGUGAGGCAAGCCGCUGCAAUCUUGUUCUCGUGGGGCGAAUGCCUGAUGGUGAGUUGGCCUUAGCUUUAAUGAGGAGAAGUGAAUGCCCAGAACUGGGGCCUGUAGGUUGUUUGCUGAUUUCUCCAGAUUUCUCAGCGACAGCAUCAGUCUUAGUUGUUCAACAGUACCAUGGCCGUGUAUCUCUGAAUUUGGCUUCAGACAUGGAGGAAGAAUCACCUGACAAAGAUUCAGAAUCCAGCUAAAUCUCAUUGUCCGAACAUUUUGUCCUGAUGAGUACACAAUGUAGAGGAAUUUUCAGUACACAAAGCAAAAAAUUAAAAAAAAAUGAUAAAUAGUAACUUGAAAAUUCUUUCUACUUAGCUAUAUAUGUAUAUAGUCGUAUUCACAUUGUUUUUCUUGCUUCUUAUAAUGUCUGUUUAGUAUGGAUUUUACAUGAAAUAGUUGAAGAUCACAUCAAAACGUUCAUCUAUUACCAAA